AUGGUAAAUAAUGUUAAUGGUCAGCGCCAGAUAAAACACAGACCCUCAAAAAUGCAGAAUGGGGCUGGCAUUGGCAAAUACUGGCAGGAAAAUAACCAGAUAGAUGACAAAGUCACAGACAGCAAUGAAGAUUCCCAUUCACUACAAAGCUUGAAUUUUGAAGACUUGAAAACAACCCGUCAGCUCCUAUCAACCAUUCGUAUACGUCGCAAAAAUGGAAAAAGUGAUGGUAAAUCUCCAUCUGAUGUGGAGGAUCACAUGAAUGAAAUCAGCACUGACAGUGAUGAAGAGUAUGGCCUGCCAAGUACGAGACAUAAAAUAAAAAGUCUGACGGAAAGACUUCUUGUGGCCAGACAGCAACAGUCAACAUCAGAAGUUGCUAACCAUUAUAGGAAAGCUGUUUUGUCAGUUCCAGGUAGAAGUCUGCAGCUCUACUCAUCAGGUGUUAUCAAAAGACUCAAAACUGUGUCUGAUACAGCCUCGGACAUCUGGUAUCGUCUUAACUUUUGGAGUCAACAGUUUAAGGAAAUUGAAGGUCACUUUGGAAUAGCUACAACAACGUAUUUCAGAUUCACAAGAUGGCUUGUGAAAAUCAACUUUAUGGUGUUCUUUCUGUUCCUGUGCUUUAUAUACAUCCCACAGUGGACACAUGGUUCGUUUUUCAGUGAAAACCAUGGAACAAACGCCAGUGCUUCUGGACAAUAUUUUGACAAAACGCUUAAGUGUAGUUUUUCCUAUACUGAGUAUAUUAAGAACAUCUCAAGAUAUGAACAAGGCUGGGAGACAUUUUUGGAAAUUGCCAAAGGAACAGGAAUUCUGGAGAACACAAUGCUUUUUUAUGGUUUCUACACAAAUUUGACAUUUUGGAUGCCUGGACAGCUACCCGAAACAAAGUACAAUAUGGGGCUGGCAUAUUUACUGACUGUUGGUUUAAGCUUCUUAGCUGUGUUCAUAAUGAUUGUCAAAAAUUCCAGUAGGACUAUUGAGGAGACUGUGAUGGACUUUGACAACAAAAUGUUUCCAUUAUAUACUAAUGCAGUGUACAGCGGCUGGGACUACUGUAUCAACAGUGAUAAAAUGGCCUUCAUUAAGCAAAAGAUCUUUUAUAAUGAAAUUAAGGCAAAUCUGCAUGAAGUUGAAUUAAAGAGGCAAAGAGAAAACAGAACUGCAAAAGAAAGGGCAAAACUGUACUUGAAGAGAAUUAUGAUAAACUUUGUAGUAGUUGUGUUGCUUGGAGGAUCAUUUUAUGCAAUAUAUGUUGCAACUGAGUAUUUGUUAGAGAAUGAAACAGAAAAUCUCAACGAGGUGCUUCUGCUUCUGAUAAGUUACUUGCCAUCCAUUGUGAUCUCACUUUUGAAUAUAGUUGUUCCAGAAAUAUUCCUGGUACUGUCAAAUUUGGAGGAAUACACUCACAGUUUUGCUACUCAUAUAACCAUUGUCAGGGCUGUCUUCCUGCGCCUAGCAAGUGUAUGGGUGCUGAUUGUGUCACUGUAUUAUAGAUUGCUUAAUAAGACAAAUAAACUACCAUUUCCAUGUCCAGAAGAAGGUAUUUUAAAUGCCACCAACAUACGCUGUUGUGGUAACACUCUGUGGGCUACUGGUACAGAACCUGUUAAGUGCUGGGAAAAUUAUGUUGGCAAAGAGUUUUACAAGCUUGGAAUCUUUGAUUUUAUUUCUGUAACCUUGGUUAUCAUCUUGAUCAAAGCUCCUCGCAGGGUAAUUUAUGAACACUUGAAAGGUAGAUUUGGGAUCAUUGCAAAGAUUGGCAGGUCAAAAUUUGAUCUACCUUUACAAGUUUUGGAUAUAGUGUAUUCACAAACAGUGUGUUGGAUGGGAAUGUUUUUUGUGCCUCUUCUUCCUGCGAUAACUUUUGUCAAAGUUUUUUGCUUCUUUUUUGUGAAAAAG